AUGCUUACCAUUUUAGUAUAUAGAAUUCCAAAAUUCACUCAGACAGUAUUCACCUUCGAAACCAAGUUUUCUAACUGGAUCAAUGGAAGUGUGAUUGGUAGUCUUUCUCUGAGUGAUGAAAACUCCUCCUUAGCAUCAUGUGGAAGUGUUCAAUUUAACAUUGUACCUCGUUCAAACUACUUACCAGUAGCUAUCGAUGGAUCAACUGGUAUUUUGAAAGUAAUUGCAAGUGAUUAUGAAACAAUCAAGAAUAAUCACACCAUCACUUUUCAAGUGACAGUUAAGAAUGCAAAUACUUCCUUAGAUAUGUCUGAUGAUGCAACGGUCAACAUUUUAAUUGAUGGAAAGUAUUCUGAUGAAGAAACAGAAAGUGAGAUGACUGCAGACAAGAGGGGAGUCAUAGUUCCACCGGAUAUUAUCCGUGUCACAUUUUCCAGAGUAUACAUCCAAGAUAAUCCAAACUAUUGUCUGUUCGAUACAUGGUUUAUUGAUUCCAUAAUUGUCCUCCCACCUGGAAAUCAUAGUUUGAUCAUGAAUUUUUCUGGUCCGUCUAUAAAUAAUAUCUAUUACGGAUAUAUACAAUAUUUGUUUGCUUACUACAACGGUACAAAUAUAGCAAAUAAUUAUCCUGUGAAGUUUAGUAAUCUCACAUACUUGAACAAUAAUUCAUCGCCUUCAAGUUUCUUAAUGACAAGUCAAAUACUCGUUUCAUCUGCUCUUGCGGAUAAUGAGAAGAACUUCAGUAUUAGGAUGAGAUUCAGAACUGGUCUUUUUCCUGAAAAGACACCUCCUCCAAUGGGUACCAGUUUAGUAGUUACAACGGAAGCAUUAUUGACUCCAAAAAUUACUGUAGAUUUUUCCAUGGUCGUUUCUUCGAACUGUCCAACUCAAUAUGAUGCAGUUAAUUUCAUAAAGUGUCCUCAGUCGGUUAAUUAUGGUGGAGUUUAUGAUUAUUCUGUGAACUUCUUUAUAAGUAGACCAAUACGAGAUUAUACGUUCACAUUCAGUACUGAUCAAUACAGUGCUUCGAUUGGACAUAUAUCUCUAACUCUACCUCCAACAUUUGCCACCUAUCCAGAAGGUUACAAAAUAAAUACGGAGGAAUUCGUUGCUCCGACUUUCGUAUUGACAACUUUUGGCUACGUAAGUAUUACAAAUUUAAUGAAUUUAGGAGCUUAUGAUACUUCUCUACCAGUGGCCAACCGCUCAGUUCGUCUAACAGUUUUUGUUCAUGUCUCUAAAAAUGGCAUAACACCAAUUAAGUUUGAAGCAAAAGUCUCACCAACAGGAGAAAAUUCUACAGUGAACGUUUGUGAGAGUCAAGUCUCCUCAUUUACAAAUUACAGUGCGCCUGGAAAAAACUUUAUUUCAAUAAAGGAUAUUCCAAUCUUGAAUCAGGUUGAAAAGACUCAAUUCUUCACAGUUCAACUAACUGUUACACCAAAUACAUAUUCUUAUUAUACUCUUGGGGCAACCAUCCAAAAUAAAAUACUUGGAGAAAUGUGUUACAUUGAGUACUUGCUAGAAGAAACCAAUCAAACAAGAAAAGUCAGAUUAAUAUCAGAAUACACUAUAUUGAACUCACGAAGAAGUGGUAGUAGUACACCACUUGGUAUAUUCGAAAAUAAAAAUGCCUGGAAUAUCACUUAUAAUUUUGUGUUUGGAAUAAAGUUAUGCUAUGACACCAGUUAUGUAACAGGUGAUGUGAUCCAAAUACAAUUUACUUUAAGUACAGAUACACUGGCUGUGAAUACACAGAAUGUUGUAUUUUCAAUAAAUUCUAUGGUCCAGCCACCAUCCAUUAUUCCUCCCUCCAAAGUUCCAACACUUACUAUCGAAAAAAUAGAACCACGAAAUUCACAACCACUGGUCAACUUUCCCGCCAUUGUUGAAUGUCGUGUGAAAUUUUUUGAGGAUUUAGUUUACACACCAGUCAUUCUCGUGAUACAAGCAAAUCCAGCUUAUGGUAUCAUAACUAGACAAAAUAUCCAGACAGUUGGAUAUUUAUUGAAAACGAUGGCACCUGUAUCGCCUUCUUACAUUAUAAAAACCUUAUCAGCAACUGCUAUAGAUAAUAUGGUUUAUAUUAACGUGGAGAGAACUUAUUAUGAAGGAACUGUGAAUGAUUCAACAUCAUCAUUAACAAAUGAGAUAAGUUAUCACAUUCCAGUGUUUACUGCUAAUUAUAACAGUGUACCGGUAAAUUUCACUUACAAUAUGACAAUUGGUUCCUAUUCUACUUCUGGUAGCUUUAUGUUUAUUACUACUACUCCAGCAACAGUUUUGAUUCGAGUUUACAUAGAUGAAGGUGAAGUAUAUUUCUUGAAACCUUGUGUUAUAAUGCAUUACUUUAUCUCCGUAUUAGUUAUUGAGCAAAUGACCAUCUUUGAAGGCACCAAUUCUAUAUUUUGUUUAAGCUUUUGUCGUAUGGGUACAAUAAACUUCAUUGAAUGUCUAGUAUAUGAACGUUUGAGUGGAGAACCGUUUGUUAAUCUGGGAUUCUCCAAUAUUUCAAAGGGAAUCGUACCAACCAUCAAUGCAUUUUAUCGUUUGGCAGUUCAAGAUCCCAAUUAUACAUAUAUACAAAUGUGCAGUGGAGGACCGAUUGAUAUAACUGCAGUUACAUAUCCAAUGGGAAAGCGUUGCUCGUACGUAACUCAAUGGAUUAGUCGACUUCUAAAUAAUGUUAUCGCUUUGAAUAUAACUAAAGUGUCUCUGUGGCAGUAUGGAGGGGGUGUGUGGAUACCAAGAGGAUUUUCUAUUAAUAUGACCUAUGUGGAUAGUUUGGUGAGAGUGGAUUUCGGCCCAGUUUGUCCUACAUUUGAAGGUAGUUAUGUCAUGAUUAUACUAUUAACUGCUUACAUAUUAGGGGAUUGCAAUACAACACAGACGACAACCUAUUCUUUCAAAGGCUGGCAUAAUAUGAGUGGCAAUACAAGGGUUUUUAAUACAUAUAGCAUGGAUAUCGCAGUUACACCAAAUUUUCCAGAUUAUACUGACAUAAUGAUUGAAUUACUUCCAAUAAAAGUUAACCUUCAGCCAGGUGAAAGAACAACUAUUACUGUGAAGUACAUAUUUCCACUGAAUUCCACUUAUGCAAACUCGACUGUAGAAAUCAGUGGAGGUGGAGUAAAGGAAAACAAUGAGACAAUAAUAAGUAUCAUUGAUUUCAAAAUAAGCUUAGGUUCAAAUUUAGUACCACCGACAACUGCUUAUCCAUCUACCUAUAGGUCAAAUAAUCAAACAGGCCUUAUGGAUCGCCUGACAAUUCACUUUGAAAAUAUCGUUAAUAUCGGAACCGUUAGUGUACCUCUAAUGCGCAACACUGCCAUCCUUUCAGUGGAUAUCCAGUUAAGUGAUAGUAAAAGUGUGGAAAACGGGACUGUCUGGUUGCUGCAAUUUGCUGGUCGAUUCAAUAAUAUUACAAAACUCACCAACUUAUCUGUAACUUGUGUUAGAACUGGCUUGGAAAAACCUUCAAUUAAAGUUGUACCAUCUCAAUUAUCACUGAUCGCAUCCAAUGAUUGCCCUGAUCGGGAUGAGGUUCAUCUUCAAACUCUCGUUCAAAUGAUGAACGGUACCGGAUUGGAAUGCGAAAGACAGUCAAUAAUCUUCUAUUUCAAUUCGCAGAUACAAUCAAUUGACGUAUUUAAUAAAACGGGGAAUAUAGACGAUAUAACAUUGAAAACCCCUUUAAAUCCAGUAUCCAAAUCGAUUCAGUUCACAACCGGUCAUUUAUACUUUGGUCAAGGCUAUGCAGCUAUCUUUCGAUUGAAAUUUCAAUCACCUCGUACAUCUGUUGCGAAAUACCCAGUUCUAGUCGAAGUUGUUUGUAAACCGUAUGAACGUAACAUUUCUGUCUUUAGUGGCUGUGUAAGAUCAAAAUUUUAUAAAUUUAGAUCUCAUAUACAUGUGGAACUUGACCACCAUACAUACUCAUAUCCAUGUGAUUUGCCUCAUUACAAGGCAUUGCGGAAUCCUGCUGUGCCGUUGCCUAGUCAUCAGUCAGAUACAUUCCUAAAUGUUCAUGAUCGUCUGUUUUAUUGUGGACGUGCAUUUAAUAUGAAGGGGUCAUUUGAUUUGGAGAGACGUUGCUUCAUGAUUAGCAAAUUACCUGACAGAAAAUGGAUAGACAUGGGACCAUUUGUUGAACAGAUCAUAGCAUAUACAAAUCCAAUUGGCAUAUUGUUCGGUUUGGGAGCAAAUGGUGGAGGUGUAGUGAUGAGUAAGAACUUUGGAAAAACAUGGAUUUCAAUCAACCCAUUCAUGUAUCAAAACACUUUGAAUACGUCGACUGAAAUCAUCACAGCAAGUGACGUACCAUGGAUUUCAUUGACUGGAUCAAUUGACAAUACACUAUUUGAGUCCUUUUGCAAGAUGCGAGUGGCUGAACAAUGGAAUGUUUGCAUCAACCAAAUCUAUGCCAACCAAAUGCUGUUAGCUAAUUGGACUUACACAUGCCCGAAAAUCAAGCUGUUUUAACCAAUCAGUUAUCUGGACCGGAAAUACGAACAUAACUUAAACACUGGUGAACUUGAGUCGUGUAAAAUCCAGGUUGUAUACGAUUAUGUAUUUGUCAGCGAAUUUCUAUUCAAACUGUUAUCUCAUUAUUCAUCGAACAAUUUACCUAUUUUUAAUCAACUAUAUGCUUGUGAAACUUCAAUUUCUUUUGCUUUGAUGAAAACGAACAUCAUUUGAGUACCAAAACAGUUGAAAAUCAAGACAUUUGGUCAGUUACUCGCCAAUUUUAGAAGAGAAUUUCGAAGGGUGUUCGGUAUCAGUGAAUAGUUUGUUAAAUUUUAAAGUUCAUGAUGAUGUAAUGUAAAGCCUUGUAAAAGUGCAAAGUAAAAUGACUCCACGAUUGAUGGUAGGCCUAGAUUAGAUCCUUUGUCGUGGAAUGACGGCACAAAAUCCAUGCAUUUGAGUAAAUGCUUUACUUAAUGAGUGAAGACUUAUUAUUAUUAUUGUUAUUAUUUUUAUUAUACUGUUUUAAAGUCACUAUAAUUACAAAAAGAAAAGUGU